CAUUCCUCUAUCCUUCUAUUUGUACCUUUGCAGAGCACCGUAAAUACAUUGUCCUUUCGACCCAACAAGAACCUUUAUGAUUAGGUAUAUAUAAAAUUGGUCCUUGUAGUACCAAUUAGUAUCUAGAGCCAUAUGAUCACCGAUCAUUUCCUAAUAUUUGUGUUAUUAUGCCUAAGUUUUUCUCCCGCUUCUCCCUCUCCUUCCGCAGGCAUAAUUGGAAAGGAAAGAAAAAGGAAGCUCGGGCUGCAGAUGGAGGCAACGUUAAUGAGCUUUCGAACGCUGAAGAACAGUUGGAUAUGUCACCUGGCGGUGGCACUGGGGCGCUGGAAUCCUUUGACGAUUGUGAAGCGCCUGACAGCGGAAUUGAUCUCGUCUUCGUCCAUGGACUGCAUGGAUCCCGAAUGAAGACCUGGUCUAAAGAUGGUGUCUUCUGGCCCCGAGAUCUGCUCAAGGAUGAUCUAAAGAAUGCUCGUGUGAUCACAUGGGGCUAUGAUGCGAAUAUUGCCAAUGCCUUCUCCUAUGCAAGUAAGGAGAGUCUCUUUGGCCAUUCUAAUACAUUAUUAAGUGACUUGGCCGACCUAAGGCGAGACGUUACCAGGCCCAUCGUAUUUAUCUGCCAUAGCCUUGGGGGUGUCGUUGUUAAAGAAGCUCUAAAUUCCUCCAAUAUCUACCGAAGCCACGGGAGACACCCUGCCCUUGGCGAAAUUUCCGCCAAAACCGCAGGUGUGGUUUUCAUGGGAACACCGCAUCGAGGUAGCGAUAAGGCGCCAUAUGCCGAAAUUGCGGCGAGCGCUGCGAGCUUGUCGUUUCGACAACCGAAUAAGGAGCUUCUCGGGGUUCUGAAGCCCAACCAGGAUGCCCUUGAGAAGCAACAGGAUCUUUUCAUGUCAGUUUCAAAGGAUAUGUAUAUUGUUUGCCUUAGGGAGGAACUCCCAACCGCAGUAGGCAUGAUCGUCCCAAAAGACUCUGCCUCUUAUCAAGGGCAUAACGUAAUCAGCAAUUCAAUUCAUGCAAAUCAUAUGGAUAUGGUCAAGUUCUCAUCGAAAGACGCCGGCUAUAAGAGAGUGCUUGGUCAUAUUAAGAAUGUCCGUGACUUUAAGAAACCCGAGUCCGACCAAGACAAUGAAACGCUUGAAUCUCAGAAAGAUGAUAUACUGGAAGAAUUGCGAUUCACUACGAUCAAUACUCGAGAAUAUAGUAUAGAGGAUGCCUAUACAAAUACUUGUUCCUGGAUUCUAGAUGGCGAACCGGAAGAAAACAAAGCAUCCGCCAACCCAUGCAAAUUUAUGUCUUGGCUUCAAAGCGACGAGACUUUCCAUUGGAUUAGUGGCAAAGCUGGGUGCGGGAAAUCUACUUUGAUGAAGUACGCAUAUCGUGACGAAAGGACCGAAGCGACACUCCGAAACUCCCAAUGGGCCAAAGACAAAGAAUUAAUCUUAAUGGGACAUUUCUUUUUUGAGCUCGGCGACGCGGACCAAAGCUCUAGGGAAGGGAUGCUUCAAACUUUCCUGUAUCAAGUGCUGGAAAGCCGACGUGAACUUAUUCCAAAAGUUUUCUCCGGGCUGAAUCUAUUUGGACCCAAAAAACGCCCAUUGCCAAAGGACUUUCUCAGUUGGAACGAUCUUAAAAAAGCGUUCAUGUCCAUGUUAAACCAUCUUCAAGACUCCAGGAUUUGCGUUUUUCUAGACGGUCUAGACGAGUACCGUAUGGCAGACAGAAAAAACGAUUACACCGAAGAAGAACUUGAUCUAGUUUACGAAGACAAUGAUCAGGACGAAUCGUGGGGCCGGAGCAAGUGGAUAACCGAUGGUCAUAAGGAGAUCGCCGAGUUUAUUCAUAGUCUCCGGACUAUCAAGAACGUGAAGGUGUGCUUUUCCAGCAGGGAGUUGAACGUGUUCGAACAAGAGUUCAGAGGCUUCCCCAGAAUAAAGGUUCAUGAACACACAGCCGACUCCAUUGCUCAGUAUUGCGAGGGCUUUUUGACCGAUAAGAUACCACAGCUUUCAGACAUACCGAAAUUCGCGUCCGAGAUCACAAGAAAGGCACGUGGAAUAUUUAUUUGGGUUCGCCUGGUUAUUGAAAUUAUAAUUGACAAAUUUCGCGACGGUGGCUACGAGCAUGAGCUCCAUAAGGCCAUAAAUGGUCUUCCUGAGAGACUUGGUGGGAAAACUGGUCUUUAUAUGCGCAUGAUGGAGAACAUUGAGCGAGAAUAUCUACCAGAAUCGAAAAGACUAUUCGAUUUGGUUGCAAGGUGGCCUAAAAUAUCUUAUAGGGAACUCAGUCUCGACAUCAUAACUCUAUUCUCAGCAGAACGUUGGCAUUCCAAAGGCGAUAGCCAAGAAGCGCUGAAAGCCAAGAGUAACGAAUAUCCAAGGAAAACUUGGGAAGAAUUACAGCCAGACUGUGACAGGUUGCAGAAACGCCUGAGGGCACGAUGCGCUGGUCUAUUGGAAGGGACAAUGAAGGUGCAAUUCAUGCACCAGACGGCAAAGCAAUUCUUAUCCCGAAAGUAUGUGCAGAAUAAAAUCUUCCCGAACGCCGCUGGGUAUGCUAUACCUAACGUUGACUUGGCUCUGAUGAGUGGGCUUAUCCGACGUCUGAAAUAUUGUUCCGAAGCUGUAAUCAACUUCGACAGUUCUAUCGAUCUCUCCAACCUUCGUGUCGACGGCGCCUAUAUUCCUCAGAUUACUGUAAACCUACUCACCUCUAUAUUCAUAUGCGCUAGAAUGGAAUCCUUCAAAGCAAAUGAUCUCAUGGGUGAUAUCCGCUACUCUUAUAUAAAGCUUCUUGACGAACUAGACGACGUCGGGAGUAAACUCAUAAGGAGCGAUAUGAGUAGUUUAGAAUUAUGCUGGACCGAUGUUUUAUAUAUGGGAUCGAGUCGGUAUGGAAUAGUGAGGAUAAAAAGCUUUUUGCAACUUACAUCCUUGCUUAGACUACUUCCAUACGUGGCAGCCAAAAUAAAAGAGGAAACUUCUAGAGGCCAACUGGAAUCUCUCCUACCACAGCUAUCCCGGUAUAGCAGACUUAGAAUGAGGCACGACUGGGAAAUAAUAGUUCCGAAUGAUUUUAGAGCCCUACCAGCUAUUUUUGAGAUGAUAUUCGAAAAAGGUGUUGACCCAAAUUGCUUGGAUACUGAGACUCCUCCCACAGCCUCAUCAAAUCGCUACACUGUUUGGGAGAUGCAUCUCCAACGCUCUGAGAAACGUCCUGUACGGUCGGAUUAUGAGGAGUGGAUCGCUUCAACGAAGAUUUUCCUCAAGUACGGGGCCGAUCCAACGAUAAAUAGGGCAGAAUUGGAGCAUCAUACAGUUGAGGAUAGCAUCAAAUAUGUUUGCUCUGAAUAUCUUUAUUUAGCAGAAGAGAAGGGCGAGCUAUUGAGGCUAUUGAACGAAGCGAAGGAAAGAUGGAAAGCUAAGUAGUUCUAUGCCCGAGUUUUACGAGGCUAAUUGUAUAAAAAAAAUUUCCCUUGAAGGAUAUUGUUCUCAACCGUGAUAAGAAAGUUAAAUAUCAGGGCGUUGAACCCGUGUAGCUAUUUGUGAGAGGCUUUAGCUUGUAAAAAAAAAAAUGAUGAGGUGCGAGGUGUGGGAGUUGAACGUACGGUUUAUUAGAACGUGGGUAAAACUCGGGGUAUUGUGUUACCACAAGGGCGCUAAUGUUUUGAGUGCUCGGCGCAGAAAUGACGUGACGUUUUAGUAGCUGCAGCUGCUCAAGCGAAUUUGGAGU